CACUCGGGUGGGGAUUUACGCAGACAAACGGGAGUCCUUUAAUGUAUCAUGAGAGUCGCACAUUCAUUGGUUGGCGGUUUAAUUGUGUAGCCACUGCCUUUCACAUCAGCCUAUAGCGGAUUUUUGCUGUAAAACGCCUACAAACAUCCAUUCGCUCGUGUGCGUUACCUUACGCAGAGCAGCAUUUUUGAUCGGCGCAAAAAAAAAUGACUGACACUCUCCAAAUUGCUUCACUGCACCAAAUUAGUAGCGUUUACAUUUUGGUAUUUUAUUGAACGUGGGUGAUUUUCCCUAAUAGGAUUGUGGUUUUGGUUGAGCCUGGGAUUGCGGACCGUGCGUUAUUUCGAUGUAGUGUCAUAUUGCAGUAGCAGCCAUUAUCAGCUACAUUAGGCUUUAAUUUGGGGAAGGCAGUUAAGUGUUGUUUACCUUGGUACGCUCCACUGUGUAACGCCGCAGUAAAGCCCAGAGUAGAAAGGGGAAAACACCGCUUUCCACAAUGCACCGUGUCAUGCUGUGAAAGGACUGAGAGCAGAGGACGACUGCUGUUAACGCUUUUAUCAAUUGUUUUUCACGGAGCUGAUGGGGUCAGCGUGGGGAGGAAAAAAAAAGAAGAGGAUCUGAACAUUGAAUACUACAACCAGCACCAUGCAUGUGUGUAAGAGCCAGAAGAUUUGUGCCAUCUGAAAAGACUUUUGGAGAGACUCACUGAGUGGAAUAUAAGACUUGACCGCAGACAGAGACAGUGACCUGUGUUCGACAUGGCAAGCACCCAGACCAGCCUGAAGCCCCCUUUCAAAGAGCUGAGUGCAUUCAAAGGCAGCCUGAAGCGCCUGUACAGAGAAAGGCUGGAGGAUGCCCCCAUAAAGAAGCGUGUGAUGGCUGAGAUGAACCUGAAGAGGCGCAGCCUGGACCAGCUUCAGAAGCUUCCCAAAGUGAAGCGUGAGCUGCCAGAGGGACGUCUCAGCUCAGAGCUGGAGCUGGAGGGAAGAGCGGAGCUACAUGUGGGUGGGGCUAAAGCGCUGGACCUCAGCCCUGGACUUAAACACACUCUGGCUCAGUUCACUCUGAGCAGCCAGAGCUCUCUGGGAGGUCCUGCCGCCUUCUCGGCCCGCACCGGACACGAGCACUCCCCCGCGGGCAUGCCCCCCCUGCCCUCACCCCCUGUGCUCGGAGGAGGCCCUCUGCUGGUGCCCUGUGACAGCUCCACAGAACUGACCCACUCAGUGCUGGAAGGAGAGUCCAUCUCAUGCUUCGUGGUGGGGGGUGAGAAGCGUCUGUGUCUGCCUCAGGUGCUGAACUCAGUGCUACGUGACUUCUCUCUGCAGCAGAUCAACACCGUGUGUGACGAGCUCUACGUGUACUGCUCCCGCUGUGAUGCCGAGCAGCUCCACAUUCUCAAGGUGCUGGGCAUCCUGCCCUUUAAUGCGCCGUCCUGCGGCCUCAUCACGCUGACCGACGCCCAGCGCCUGUGUAAUGCUCUGCUGCGCCCCGGGGCGGCGCUGCCCACUGACCCCAGCGGGAAGCUGUCUGCUCAGGCGCUGCUCAAAGAGAGUGACAGCAGUUUCCAGGUGGAGCACCAGUGUCUGGGCAAGUGCCAGGGCCUGUUCGUGCCCCAGUUCUACACUCAGCCCGAGGCACCCUGUAUCCAGUGCGUGGAGUGCCAGCUGCUCUUCUCUCCGCAGAAGUUUGUCAUGCACUCGCACAAGUCGCCGGACAAGAGGACCUGCCACUGGGGCUUCGAUUCGGCCAAGUGGCCCUGCUACCUGCAGCUGGCCCGCAAGUACCAGGGCUCAUCAGAAGAGCCCAAACUCAAGCAGCGUCUCGACGAGGUCAAGGAGAAGUUCCACUUCCAGCUCAAGCGCUCGCUAGACAAAAAGGCAGUGGAGGAGGAGGAGAGCCGCGCUAAGAAGCCCCUGGUGGACAUUUGCCCUCCUAGCGGCAAAUUAUCAGACACCGAACAUGUGAAGAAGGGGAAAUCAUCUCCUCCUUCGCUGGUGUUUAAUCGACUUUUCAGUGACAUCAAGGAGGAGCCCGGACACCCCGCCUUGGUCCAUCCCAGCUACUACCUGUACACGUACGAUAAGAUGGUGGCUCCAAAUGUGUCUCUUCGGCGGGAGGCGGAGAUGAGCCCGGAGAUGUUGGGAGCUCUGCUGAAGCACCACUACAACCGCAGGGUCCUGGGACACGACGAGCCACCCAUGGACCUCCACGCCUCCCCUCCCGUCUCGACCGCCUCCCCCGACGAGUGCAAGUCCCAGAUUUUGUCAGCCGACCGGGAACGCCAGGCCCAGGCAGUUUCCAUGGAGACCAGCAGCAGUUGUAAGAAGCGCAGCGCCAGCCCCCCUCCACCACCUCCUCCUCCUCUUCCGCCCCCCUCCUCCUCCACCCCCUCUCUCAUGGAGCAAACGGAGCCCAAAGACUUGACUAGCUGCGGCGCGGUGGGGGGUCCCGAAGACGACAAGGACCGGAUCGUGGUGGAGAUCAUGCAGAUGUACAGCAGACAGCAAGAGAAGCUCAACGCUACACUGCACAAGCAACUGCAGCUGGAGAUGGAGUUGGAGGCCCUGCGUGGAGGAGAGGCUGCUCGUCUCCGUGAGCUGAGCGCGGAGCAGAGGGAGCUGCGGUCGGAGCUGCAGGCGGUGCACAGUGAGCAGGCGAGGCAGCUGUCCCAGGCCAGACACGAGCAGCACGAGUUGGAGAGCAGACUGGAGCAGCUCAGGCAACAGGGCUGUGCGUGUGAGCCUGGAGCACAGAGGCAGCAAGAGGCACACUACACCGCACAGUUAUCCGAGUUGCGUCAGCGUCUGGAGCGUGCAGAGGCAGACAGACAGGAGUUGCAGGAUGAGUUGCGCAGAGAGAGAGAAGCCCGCGAGAAACUGGAGCGCACAAUCAGCCAACUCAAGCAACAGAUGACCCAAAGCUCCAACCCGGCUCUGGGGGGCAGCCCUUCCCCUCCGCUCACCCCCUCCACGGGACCUCCUAACUCCCUGUCCCCCACCACCUCGUCCUCCUCCCUAUCAGAGCACCACAAGUAAUCCCCCCCACCUUUCCAAAAAACUGACCCAAACACAUACAGAAAAGCCCAAGUUUAUUCAUACUCUGGUUUUUACAGCUAAAAAAAAUAUUAUUUAAUUUUUUAUAUUUUUUUAUUUUUAAUUUUUUUUAGAAAUACACAAAAAAGUUAUAUUUUAUUACAUUCUACAAGAGUACAGAGACAUUUAACUUCACAUAAUUAUGCCACAAGAUGAUACCAAAACAACGUGACAUAUAAAAAUAUAUAAGAAACCAGAAUCCAUAUUUAACGUGCAUUUAACGUGCAACUUAAAUGACAAGAAAUACCAUGAAAAAGAUAAAUCUAUGCAAAAUGGUACAUGAAAUCCACUUGGAAAUGUGUGAAAAUCUUACAGUUUGUAUCAAAAACACAUCUAAAAUGGACCAUAAGGGCUUCAGACAAAACAUGGACAAUUUACAACUCUUUCUAAUCUUGAAGAUUUGUAUUUUUCAUUUGUUUCUUGCCUCUUUGCUGGCAGAAUGGAUGCAUCAACUGUUUGAGCAGAGUGUGAAUAAUUUUGGGCUUAACUGUACCACCCCACAAGAGGCCCCCUGUCACCAGUUUCCCGCCAAAACAGUCUGCCCCCAACCUCCUCGCCUCCUUUUUAUUUCAAUGUAGGACUGACUAUUCUUUUGUUAUUUAACCACACUUAAAAAUUGUGUUUUUUAUUAUUAUUACCCAUCAUUUGCUCCUAUUACUAUAACAGUAUUUAAAUAUUUUUGGGCAUGUAUGUUUUUUUCUUUUUUUUUUGCUUUUAUUUAUAGUUUUUAUCUGAACUGACUGCUGCUGCUGCUGCUUUGAAGACAGGAAUCUGGUCCGAAAUCGUGACCAAUUCUACCCUUAUCAUACAACCCCCCCAACUAUCACCUUUCUAUUCACUUUUUGGAGCUUACGAACUUUUGGACAUUUUAAGCUCACAAGACUUUUGCCGAAUUCAAGUUCUGCUACUACCUGGCACAGCAAAUGGUGGAUUAAAUAUAUAUAUCUAUGGACAUUCUGAAGAUGCCAACUGUGUGCCCCAUUUGUGGAAUCUCAAAACACCAGCUACUAAAAACACAGAGAGAAAUAGUAGAAAAUCUAUUAUAGAGGACAUAAUAGACCUUAACUGUAUAAAUAACUUUUGCAAUUGUCAUAAGACCUCAUGAAUAUAUGCCAAUAGUGACGAUGAACUUGAAGUGUGUUGAGUUUUUCCCCAUGGUAGCUAUUGCAAAACUGUCUGGUCAGAGUUAGCUUCGGUCUCCUCCUCUCUCUUGGUUCAAUUGACAACAUCUGUAAUUGACAAAAGAAUCACACACAAUCAAUAUACUACAGCUGUCAUUUAUGGUUGCACAAUAUAUUUUGGUAACUACUAACUACUAUAUAUUCAUGGGUUUCAGCUCCCUGUUUAACUACACUUGACAUUUUGAUCUCUUUUUGCCAUUCAACAAGAUUGCAUAAUGUGUUUGAAUUGUUAAUUGCCAUGACGACAGUGCGAUUUUAUUUCUGAAAUUCAAAAACGCUGUGAAGAUGCCAUGAUGAAAUUAGCACUAAGAUGUGAUCCCAGUCCAAAAAAGUGUAUUUAUUUCAAAUUUUGUACAUUUUCUCUCAUCGUUUAGGCUUUUGCAGCCACAAAAACUUAAACAUUAUUGCAAUAAAAGUAAUUCUAUCUAACAUUAAUAUUUAAAUAAUAAUUAGUAAGUGUUUUUCUAUCUUAAUGCAGCCCUAUAUAUCAACAAACCAUUGCACAUAUAUUCUUAUCUUUAUCUACUGCAAGUCUACUUAGUUUACAGGAGUUAUUUUUUCACUUUUGGUCUAGACAGAAAGCCCUGUGCUCUCAUUAGGUCCCGUCGGUGUAAGGAAGCCUUAAACUUGGCCUGCACAGUCGCCCCUUUAAAGGAAUGUGUCUGGACUUUGGGGGGAGGGUCUCGGCUGGGGUCACUUUUCCAAGAAGACGAAGAGCCAUAGUACAUAGUUACAUGACUGCACAUUGCACUAUUAUUGACGGGACAAAACAGGGGCAUCAAAACUAGUUAGCGGGUUUACAAGUCAAUACGUUUUUUUCUUAGCUUUAUUGAUGCCUUUCUGUACAGUAAAUGGUAAAAGUGGAUAACGAAUCAGAAGGGAAAACGCAUUAGGUAGACUAGACCAGGACUAAAUGGGGCUAGACUAAACCAGGACUCGGUCUGGAGUAAAUCAGUCCUAAAUUAGGUCUAUCUAUAAGUUUCAGAAUGACAAAAAAUGAGGACUGUUGCCAUAGCGAUUAAUAGUUUAAGACAAAAUAUGAUGAUGUUUUGAAUGGGGGAAAAAGUCUUCAAAAUGUCACUGGAAGCUGAGGCCCGUGAAUAACAAGGCAACUUAGCUAAGUCAGAAGUAUAUCAGGAUAAAGUAAGCACUAAACCAGGACAAAACUGGUGCUAAACAAGAUCUAACCCAAAUCUAAACUAGAUCAGGACCAACUAGGACCUCAUUUCGCUGUUAUAUUCUCAAAGGAUCAGGGUUAAUCAGGUACAGAAAUACAACACUGCAGCCACAAAUCCUCGCAAAAAAACUUUAGACCCACUUUUUGACACUUUCUAGGUUUUUCCGUAUCACCUUACACCAUUGUCCCGCCUUAUUUGUCUUUUGAGGAAAGUAGGUUGCGACUCAAUGCGGUUACAGUUAUCCUGGCCUCAUCGCUAUCUUACAUGCUGCUUAAUCUGCAUGAACGAACAAACAGCGAGGGACGGCCAGAGGAGGAAGAGGAUUUGAGGGGUGCGUUUGGGGGGCUGGGUGGGUGGCCCGGACGCGAGGGGUACCACGGAGAGGCCAUUUUUUUCCCCCCGCUUUGUCCCGGGCUGUCAGAAUGGGGGCACACUGUUGUUGUUAUUGUAAGGCUAUGAGGCGAUGGCAUGCACUGUACGGGAGAGCCAGUACAAAGGGAGGAAAACAUAGGAUCAGGCUGGGACUAGUUGUUCGCUGUUGGUGUCAUCUUGUAGCCUAAAUGCUUUUGAAUUUUGAUGCCAUCUGUGAAUGAUUGACGAUAUUUUAUAUGUUUUGGUUUAACAAUGUAAUAACCCAAAUACUGUAUGAAACUGUAUGUGUUUGGGUAUAUAUAUUCAAACUUGAAAUAAGCAUAUCAGUUCUACUCAGCCAGUAAGAAUACCAAAUUGAAGGAAGUUCUUCAUGUUAUUAGUGAACAAUCAAUCAGUUUAUUUUAUGUUAUUGUGUUCUUUUUUUAGACCAAGAGUUUGUUUUCAUUCCUGACGGUUUCGACUGCUACCUGCAGUCUUCCUCAGUGUGGUCACGUGAUGUUGCUUUGACGUGUCUGGUCAGCUGAUUUAUACAGGUUUUGGCGCUGUCUUUCUACCGGUGGAGGCAGGACGACAGCGCUAUCUGCAGUUCGACUUCCUCAGGACAGUGAGAGUAAAACUCAGGUGUGUGAGAGUGAAAAAGCCCCCUCAUCCUGGUUUAUCGUUCUGUGGGCACAAUUCCAUAAUUCGAUUGCCUCUUUAAUCCAGCGACGGUGUUUGUUUUCCUCUGUCCCAAAGAUGUUUGCUCCGUCCCAGUCCAGAAUGUGGUUCUGUCUUUCACAGUAGUCAGAAGUGGACAAUUUGAGUUGUUCCUGUUCUGCAUUGUGUUUUGUUGCUCAUGGUUCGCCUUCACUGUUUCCUCGCAUUCUCUUCUGUGUUCCUUGUUUCGUAUACUGAACGUGACUAUAAACCGGGAUGAGGGGGCUUUUUUACUCACAAACUAAGGGAUACUGUCCUGAGGAGGUCGGAGUGCAGAUGGCGCUGUCAUCCUCCCUCUACCAGUAGAAAGACAGCACCAACACCUGUAUAAAUCAGCUGGCUGGACACGUCAUAGUAACAUCACGUGACCACUCUGAGGAAGACCACUAGUGGGCAGUCGAAACUGUCAGGUAUUAAAAACAAACUCUUGGUCUGAAAAAACAACCUAAUAACAUAAUAUCAGAAGACCGAAUGAACCUCAUUGGACCAAUCAAUCAAUUUAUUAUCUAUUCCAAAUGGCAGGAAUGAAACAAUGAUUGAUCAAUACAAAGUAAAAGAACUAUUCCCUAUCCUUGAAGUUAUUUCCAUUCUAAUCUUGUGGUUUCAAAGUGAGGAAAAAGAUAAAAUUAGGUUAGCAGAUCUAAGUAUAAUAUCUUCUGAAUGGUACUCAAAAUGGUGCCUAUAAUGGGAAUAUUUUCUAUUGUACCAUAUACUGUGCAACCCUAAAAUCAAUCCCUCUUUGCUAAUUGCUGAUCCGUGUUGUUCCGCCAAAUGAAGAGAGAGGAGAGGGCUUUUAACCGCGCCAGUUGCCAGACAAAGAAGCGCUUUCUUUCUAUUGCCACUAAGGAGAUCCCUGAUUUCAAAUGUGUGUAAAUAAUUGUUUUCAAAAGAGAGAGAUAGACAGGGACAGGGCCUUAGCUUAAAGUUUUUUAUGCAUCUGCUCUAAGAAAAUGCAACUGAAAAGACAUUCCACUGUGCUCCAUCCUACAACACUGAUGCAUUACUUCUACUUCCCUUUACCAUUUUAGGAAGACCAGGCUAAGGAGGAAAGCUAGUGGACUCGAAAACUACCACAAAUGUACGCUCUAUGGUUGAAAAGUUAUGAAAGAAAAAUAUUUAACGUAUAAACUAAAGAUUUAUAUUCACUUUGUAAAUACAGUAGUCAUUAUUAAUAUAUUAACUGUUAAUCUUAAAAAGGUUAAUUAAUUUGGACCAGGUUAAGGCUUCAAACUAUGAGGCUGUUUUGUUUUGUUUCUACUUGCAGAAAUGACUUGCGUGAAUGAACCGGGGAGUGACAGAAAAAGCAUGGUUUAAGACACAGGACGAAAUACAAAAAUAGGAAGAUAUAUUAUAUUGCUUUGUUACACACUUCCCCCAUUUUAAACUUAUCAUUUCAUGGUGGACUGAUUCAUGUGUAAUGUAAGCUUUUGUUAAGACAUUUGUUUAAGAAAAUGCAUUUGGGAAAGAAGAGAGAAAAUAUUUAACGAAAAAACGUUUUUGCAUGUUUUGCUAAUCCCCCAUUUUUGUCUCACGAGGGCCACUCUCUUUGCAGAUCUCUUGUAAAAUAAAUAAUGUCCCACUUAACGCACAAGCGAAAUGGCGAAAGUGCAUGAGUCAGCAUUGAUGUGUAAGUUUUCAUUCUGAUGGAUUUUGAUGUAGCCUAUAAGAUUGAAGAAUAUUUGUCUUAUACAUUUUGACAGACUCAAAGCAGCUAUUCAAAGGGAAAGACUAUUACUAUUACUGUAGCUGCAGUCUUGUGUUUUCUGAAUCUCACUAUAUGCACUCAAAAGAUAAUCAGUAUUAACUUAAUUACCUCUAUCCAUAAUGUAAUAUUUGGCAUGCAGCGUUAUUUGCAUCUCGUACACUAGAGGGCACUGUUCAAGCUUUACCAUAUUGGACAGUAAAGGCUUUGGUUUUUAACUCGUGGAUGAUAAUACAUGAUCACAUUGAGUUUUAUAAUUUUAUAUAUUUACAACUCCAUUUUAACCUAAUCAAACUGCGUAAUAAAUCAAAACAUUGUAAUUUUGCAGAUUUUUUCUUCCAACUUUUGUGCUCAAUUCCACCAGUUGUAAACCAAUGCUUGUAAUGCGAUAUCCCUUUGCAUUUGGGGAAUACCUAGCCAUUGCUUCCUUAAUCAAAUUUAAGGUGGACUUUUUUAAGGGUGCUAUACGCUGUUGUCAAAUCCUGAAGCAAUCUUAAUAAGCCAAUGUGGUAGAGGUCAAAAUAAGUAAUCAAUGCUUCCUUACUAAUAUUAGGUACAUCAUUUUUAAUACAUUUAGAUAAAGAGGAAAUCUCCAUUGACUCCCCUUAUGCUGUUAAAUAAGACAUUUUGCAGGGUCCUUAUGUGACUAUUUGCAUAGUACGUUGCCAAUACUUCGAAUUAUACGAGACUUUUGUUCUUGCAUGAAAUCGAGACACUGUUCUCCUACCUCAUGUUGUGAUAUGGAAAAGAUGUUUUUUAAAAAGCAGAAUACACUGCGUCUCUAAGUGUUUCUCAUCAGUCAUAUUUACCAGUAAAAAUGACAAACUUGUAAAUGCUUUUAGCUAAUACCUCAGUUGUAAAACUAGUGUUUGUUUGUUCGUUUUUAUGUUAUUCUUCUCGCCUCCCCUCUCCCCGAUUUCAGAUCUUGUAAAUAAAAAACCCUGUAUAGAGACAAUGAACUUGGAUCAAAUUCAAGUAAACUUCUGUAGUGUCAAAAUUA